CCAAAAAACAAUGUUUUGUGAGGCACAGUUACAUUGUGAAAAAAACAUUUGUGUAAAAAUGUAUAAAUCCUCCAAAUUAAACAAAACAAAACCGUUCAAUCCUCACAUUCAGACGCAAAAUCCGCCUCUUUUUUCUUUUGCAUCUUUCACUUCACUCACUUCUUCUUCAAGUUACAAUACGCCAUGGUUGCUUCAAUCUCGUUGACUUUGCAUCCCUCGGAAUCCGUUCCAUCCCCAUUUUUCUACUCCUUCCCUUCUCCUCACUCACCUGGAUUCUCGCCUUUUAUCACCUUUUCCCCUUUGCGUCUUCUUCAAAAAGGUUCUUCCUUUGAUCACGUUCAUACCGUGAAUCACCUUUACUACAACUGAGGUUUAUGAUAUGUCGUCUGAUUUUAAGUUAGACAUUGCUACUAAUCAUGACUCUGAAGAGCGAGGAAUAGGAAAAACUAUAGGUUCAAACAUAUCAUUAGAUGAAAAGGGUAAGACAGUGCAUACAUCUUUCAAUGGAAUUUAUGAGCAAGGAAAGUUGUCACCGAACAACUAUGUAACCAAUGCAGAGAGAAGAGCUUUGUAUGAUAGGUAUCUGAAAGGAAAUAAAGCUAUAGAUGGUGAUAAUGGCAGUUUUCAUGUUGAUGAUGAGGAAAGGCAUCGAUUGCAUGGAUCUGCCAAGAAGUCUGUACCACUUAUCUCCGGAACAGCUUACUGUAUUUCCUCUUGCAGCAUGAUAAUGCUGAACAAAAUAGUCUUAUCAAGUUAUAAUUUCAAUGCAGGAAUAUCAUUGAUGUUUUAUCAAAACUUUAUCAGUACUCUGGUUGUUGUUCUAUUGGCUCUCUGUGGCAGAGUUUCAGUUGAAAAGCUCAACUGGAGGUUGGUUAGGGUUUGGUUGCCAGUGAAUGUGAUAUUUAUCGCCAUGCUUGUCUCAGGCAUGUAUAGUUUGAAAUACAUAAACAUUGCAAUGGUGACAAUUCUUAAGAAUGUGACUAAUAUCUUAACCGCAAUUGGAGAGUUAUAUUUAUUCCGUAAACGUCAGAGUUCCAAAGUGUGGACUGCAAUGUUUGUGAUGAUUAUCUCUGCUGUCAGUGGAGGUGUUACAGAUCUCUCCUUUGAUGCAGUCGGUUAUGCCUGGCAGAUUAUGAAUUGUGUUCUUACCGCAAGUUAUUCGCUUACCCUCAGGUGGGUAAUGGACGAAGCGAAAAAGUCAACAAAAUCUGGUUCUCUUAACGAAGUGUCAAUGGUGUUGCUCAACAAUUUAUUGUCUUUACCUUUUGCCAUCAUCAUGAUAUUCCUUUUCGGCGAGUGGGAUUAUGUAAUACACGCCGAUGUAGUUAAACUACCGGAGUUUUGGGUUGUUGCAACAGCUAGUGGACUGAUCGGACUUUCUAUCAGCUUUACCUCGAUGUGGUUUUUACAUCAAACUAGCCCUACAACAUACAGUCUUGUAGGUUCCUUAAACAAGAUUCCAAUCUCUAUUGCUGGAAUUUUAGUGUUCAAAGUUCCUCUGAGUGUAUCAAAUUUAUUCAGCAUUUUAUUUGGUCUCUUUGCUGGUAUAUUAUUUGCAAGAGCCAAGAUGUCUUAAACCAGAAGCCAUGAUAGUAGUAACCAUUGAAGUGUGAGAAUCAAUACAUGAAAGAUAAUUAUAUACGUUUUUGUUUGAACAAUACAACUGAUCCGAAAACAUGGAAUAAUAGGUAUAGGAUACACCUACAAGGGAAGUACCAACUAUAAAGUUUUACUUUCAUAUAAGUAGUGGAAAUUGGAAGCAGAGUUGCUAAGUUCAUAUUUUGUCAAAGUUAAAUGUUAUUAUAUAUUUUGUUAUUUAUGGCUAUAUUUCUAUAACACAACAAACAUGAAUUAGAACACUGAAUAUAGUUUCUU